AUGGCUCCAGCCAUGAAGUCUCCUGGUAUGCAGGAGGAGGAGGAGGAGAGAACAUUGCCAUUAUUGCAGAGAAUUCUAUUGGACAAUCUAUGCAGUGAAUUCAUUCAAAGUUCCAGAGUGAGGUCAGAAAAGAAGAAAAACUUUCCCUCUGCAAGCUAUCUUUGGUUUUAUGAUACUUCAUUCCCAGAACACCUCAGAAGAUGCCACCAAAUUAUUUUGAAGUUAAUUCAUUCCAAUUCAAGCCAGUUUAAGCUAAAAAAGUCACACUCCAUUUUUUUUUUUUUUCCUGUGAAGAGCAAAACUUUCCUUGUUCACAUCUUCUCAGAAGAGCUCUUUGAGCAGACUUUCUGGUGCCUUCCAAGGAACAGCAUCCAAGGCAGCGGCAAGCGUAUCACUCCCACCACAUGGCUGCCACAAACUGAUUUCAGAGAUGUGAAAUUGUGGGGCACUCAGAUCCUGGUUUCAGGAGAAGCCACCAGAGCCUUCUCUUCUCCAGACUGGAUUUUCCUCUUAUUCCUGGUUAAAGGGAGAGAGUACAGUGACUGCCUCCACCCCCUCUACAAACUCUGCUGUCUGGCUCUGAGCGGAGGGCCCUGUGCUUCAUUUAUGUCAAGUGACAUUAGGUGCAGUACAGAGACCAUUCUUUCCUGUGCCCCUGCCUGUCUCAGUACAUUUCUGUAUAUCUGGAAAGAGACUUUUUCAGUUAUGAUUAUAUAAGCUCUCCACAGAGUAACUGGCUACUUUACUAAAGUAAAGUAAACCCCUUGAAUCAUGUCCCAAUCCUUCUCCACCACAGACUCCACUGCAUCAAGAAAGAAGGAAGGCAGUAGAACAGACAAGGCGCUAGACUAGGUGUCAGAAUACCGGCAUGAAGAUCUCCUUUCCAGCUGUGGCAGUAUUGACUAAAUUAGA